CUUCUCCUUCUCGGCGGUGGAAGCCGGAGGCAGCAGCGGCGGAGGAAGGAGGAGGCCUCGCCAGCCUUGAGGGGAAGGAAGAGAGGAAGGAAGAGAGGGAGGAAGGAAGGGGCCCGGCUUGCCCUCCCCGCCCCUCCGCCGCCAUGUCCUUCUUCAGGCGGAAAGCGAAAGGCCAAGAGCAAGAGAAAGCCAUCGAAGCCAAGGCCAUCCAAGCUGCAUCGGCGGUCCAUUCCCCGCAGAGAAGCACCCGGAAGAAUGCCUUGCUGGAGGCGGCCGGACCGAGCCACGUGGCCAUCAACGCCAUCUCGGCCAACAUGGAGUCUUCCAGCAGCCGCACGGCCGCCCUCAAGAAGCAGCCCAGCCACAUGGAGGCCGCUCAUUUCGGAGACCUGGGGCGCUCCUGCCUGGACUACCAGACCCCGGAGGCCACGUCCAGCCUGUCCAAGACGCUGGAGCAAGUCCUGCGGGACCCGGUGGCGCUGCCCUACUUUGUGCAGUUCAUGGAGCUGCGGCGCAUGGAGCACCUGGUGCGCUUCUGGCUGGAGGCCGAGAGCUUCCACGCCACGGCCUGGGCCCGCAUCCGGGCGCACAGCCUCAACACCGUCAAGCACAGCUCCCUGGCCGAGCACCUCCCCCUCGGCCUGGCCGCGGACGACGACGCCGGCAACGAGAAGGCCGCGAUGGCCGGCUCCUCGGCCACCUCCUCCUCCGAGUCGCUCGCCCGGCGGCCCUCGCCCGUCGCGCUGCUGCCUCCUCCUCCUCCCGCGGAGCUGAACGGGCGGACUUGGAGCCUCCAGAAGCAGCAGCACUUGCUGCUCGGCCGAGCCCCCCGCCUCGGGUUUGGGGCCCCCCACGCGGAGGACUGCCCCGCUCCGGAAGACGCUUCCAAGGCCUCCGCCUCCAACCGGAGCAGCCCUUCUUUUGCACUCAAGGACCUGUCAGGAAAACUCAUGAAAAGUAUUGAGCAGGAUGCCGUGAUCAUCUUUACCAAAUACAUCUCCCCCGACGCUGCGAAGCCCAUCCCGGUGACGGAGUCCAUGAGGAACGACAUCGUAGCCCGGAUCUGCGGGGAGGACGGGCAGGUGGACCCCAACUGCUUCGUCAUGGCCCAGUCGGUGGUCUUCAACGCCAUGGAACAAGAGCACUUUAGCGAAUUCCUGCGGAGCCACCACUUCUGCAAAUACCAGAUUGAGGUGCUGACCAGCGGGACCGUCUACCUGGCCGACAUCCUCUUCUGCGAGUCCGCCCUCUUCUACUUCUCCGAGUUCAUGGAGAAGGAAGAGGCCGUGAACGUCCUGCAGUUCUGGCUGGCGGCGGACAACUUCCAGUCCCAGUUGGCAGCCAAAGAAGGCCAGUACGACGGGCAGGAGGCCCAGAACGACGCCAUGAUCCUGUACGACAAGUAUUUCUCCCUCCAAGCCACGCACCCCCUGGGCUUUGACGACGCCGUGCGGCUCGAAAUCGAGUCCAACAUCUGCCGGGAGGGCGGCCCGCUCCCCAACUGCUUCACCACUCCCUUGCGCCAAGCCUGGACCACCAUGGAGAAGGUUUUCCUGCCCGGCUUCCUCUCCAGCAACCUUUACUACAAAUACUUGAACGACCUCAUCCACUCGGUCCGGGGGGACGACUUCGCCGGCGGAAGCCUCGCACUGACCGUUCAUGGCUUCGGCGGUGGCGGCACUCCAGACCACUACUCCCACUCGGGGACGCCCGACAGCUCGACUCCUCCUUCCCAGCCGAGCCUCAAAAGGGCCAAUGUCAAAAUCCUGAAAAACUUUGACGAAGCAAUAAUUGUCGACGCGGCCAGCCUGGAUCCGGAGUCUCUGUAUCAGCGGACGUAUGCCGGGAAGAUGUCGUUUGGCCGUGUCAGCGACCUGGGCCAGUUCAUCCGCGAGUCGGAGCCCGAGCCGGACGUCAAGAAAUCGAAAGGGUCCAUGUUUUCACAAGCAAUGAAGAAAUGGGUGCAAGGAAACACGGACGAGGCCCAGGAGGAGAUGGCCUGGCGGAUCGCCAAGAUGAUCGUCAACGACGUCAUGCAGCAGGCCCAACCCCACCCGCCCGCAGAGAAAGUGACCAAGCUAUGAUCUCCGACCGAAGGACUCCAAAGAUGGGCCCACCCACCCGUUGGUUCUCCGCUCCUUCCUUCCUUCCUUCCGAGGCUGUGCUUCCUCUCUUCCAACGGAAACCGAUUGGCGUGGGCCUCCCCGGCUCCUCUCCCUCCCCUCCCAGUGCGUUCCCAGUUUGAGAAGCCGCCUCCCAGUCGGAAUCGGACUGCAAAUUGGGAGCAGCACCGUCACUCGUCACAGAGACCCGGGUUGUUGACAUCUCCCUCUAUAUCUAUACACACACUUACAUAUAUAUAUAUAAGAACUCUUCCUUUUUCUUUACUUGAAGCUCUCGGGGAGGAAGUUCCCGUUUGGUUUCCUGAGUUGCAUUCCUCCCUUUCCCCGUUCUCCGGCCCACUCCACGGCGCUCCUUUCCUCUCUAUGGUUGGGGUUGUGGCCUUCUCUCCCCCAAAACACAACAAAACACAACCCGCACCCUUUGGACUCGCCUCCUCCUCCUCUUCCCGCUUGUCGUUCUGGGAAGAGCCUCAGACGGAGAACGGCGGCGCUGGUUGCAAUACGCGCUCACGGGAUGCGGGACCCUCUCACUCUCCCUCUCUCUCCGUGUGCGGACAGGCUUUUUUGGUACUGUGUACCAACUCCUUACGGUCCGGCGCCCAAGGAUUCGUGUACGGAAACCAUAUUUAAUUGUGUUUUGAUUGAAAUACAGUAUAUAUAUAUAUAU